ACUGACCCAUCCCCCUGUUCUCCCCACCCCCACAUACACACAGUAACCCCUAACAGUUCUUGGUGUUCCCCUCUAUCUAACCUCUAACCCCUUGCCAUGUGUGUUUCCUUCCCCACUUGCUAACUUACCCUCUAUUCCCCCACCAUAAUUCCUAACAUCUCCUCAUGUCUUUCUCCCUUCCAUAGUGACAUCUCCCUCUGUUAUCCCCUCCAUAGUCCCAAUGCCCCCUGUCCUGGUGUGUGUGCAUCCCAUCUGCUAACAUUCCGCUGUGUCCCCAGUGCUCCUAACAACCUUGGUAUGUGUCACCCCCAACUACUGAAAUCCCUUGUUCUACUUUGUAACCCCUAAUACUUCCUCAGUGUCACUCCCGCUCACCAAUUUACCUCUUGAUCUCACCCCUUAAUCUCCAUCAUCCCCCGAUAUAGCCCUCCUGUAAAUCCCCUGGAGUUCCUCAUAACUCCUAAAACCACCUAGUGUCCUCCAUGCCCCCAUCCCAGCCAAAGAAACCAAACACUAUCCAUGUUGUGCUUUGUGCAGAAUAAACAGUAGGAAAGGAAAAUAUUGUAAAAUCCUUACCUUUUACUAAAGGGAAAAGGGAACAAGUUCCUUCUUUGGAAGCUUUCUCUUUACAAGAUCUAAAGGAGAAGAGCCCUUCUUGUGGUGCUUACUGUUGCUGCAGGGCUGUAAGCCUCCGGAUCUUCUCUUACAAAAAGUAUGGUAGGAACUUCAAGACUAUAUGUGAUCAGGAGCUCAGUUUUAUGGCUCAUGAACCCCCUUUAGCUGGGUGUUUGUGGAUUUUUCUGACUCUGAGGCAACAAGAAUAUCACGUAUUGAAUCUUGCAGCCGCUAACUGCAGGCCUCCCUUUCAAGUACUAGACCUGUCCAUUCUUUCAAAGCAAAUAGAUGGGAGAUCAAAUCAUCCAGCACUGGUUCCGUGGCCAGUCUUAUUCCAUGCUGCACUGGGGAGCAGAGGAGCUUCUGUCAGAGGGGAGAGUGCAUACCUGUGGUCUAGAGAGCCUGAUGGCCUAUGUUGUUGGUGAUUCCCCUUGAGUUUGUCAUCAGCAUCAGUGAUGUGAGCAGUCUGGAAAUGGAUGAGAUUGCUGAUCCUGUGAGGAUGGAAGCUGGUGAUGCAACGUUGGCUAAUCAUAACUCGAUAUUCAAGGCCUUUCCUCUACAACAGACUGCUAUUCCAGGGGAUCAGCUUUCACUGUCUGGUGACAAGUUUUUACCAAUCAAGUUUGGCAGUUUGGAGAGAUCUUUUACAUGCUCCACGGGAAGUGCAUCAUGCAGUCCAAGUUACUACUCAGAAAUUCCAUCCUCUGAGAGUUACCGGGUGUCGGGAGAAUUGAGAACGUUUGGACCAAGUGCCAACGGACAGGGGAGGGGUUUGGUACCCACCCUGGGUUCUAUGUUACAGAAACCUAGAGUGAGUCGAAACUUGUAUCUCGACACUCGCAAAACUCCAAGUGGAACGUCAAAUAGUUUUGUAGGGAAGUCAAACCAUCAUUGUCACGUAUCUGCAUACGAAAAAACAUUUCCAAUCAAGCCCGUUACAAGUCCCUCAUGCCGUCGCAGCCUGCUAAGCCCCAAGAAAACCCAGAGGAGAUUCGUCAGCACCGCAGAAGAGACAGUUCGAGAGGAAGAGCGAGAGAUCUACAGGCAGCUGCUUCAGAUGGUCACAGGAAAACAGUUCUCAACAUCCAAGCCGGCCUCGCUUUUCCCCCUCCACCUGCCCAGAUGUUUGAGUUCCAGUAAAAACGUAGUGAAAGAAACCCCAUGCAAGAAUGCAAAACCAUUUGAAACGUACAGCCUCGCUCCAGUCAGCCAGUCAGCUAGUGUUCUGGGAACACAGGAGCAGCCAUCACACAAGCCACCACCGUACCCUGUAUCCAGUUAUCCCUCAAAUGUUACUUUUGAGUCCGAUAAUACCACCACUCAGCAUCAGCAAGAUAAUCUACCAGCAUCCAACGCCCAGCCUGAAGGAUCAGACUCGGUCAUUGUGCUCAAGGUAAAAGAUUCCAGAACUCCGGCUCCAAGCCUCCCUUUCUUCCAGGCAGAAUUGUGGAUCAAAGAAUUAACCAGCGUCUAUGAUUCCCGAGCCCGCGAGAGAUUGCGUCAAAUAGAGGAGCAGAAAGCUUUGGCAUUGCAACUGCAGAGCCAGAGAUUGCAGGAGCAGGAACACUUGAUACAGGACCCAGUGGAUUUGAAUCUUCGAGUGCCUCUUGAGAAGGAGAUCCCAGUCACAGUUCUCCCAGAAGAGAAAGAGAAUGCUAAAUCAUCUGAUAACGAAGAGGAAUUCCCUGAAAUCACAGAGGAAAUGGAGAAGGAAAUCAAGAGCGUAUUCCGCAGUGGAAACCAGGAUGAGAUCCUGAGUGAAGCUUUUCGGUUAACGAUAACCCGGAAAGACAUUCAGACCCUGAACAACCUGAACUGGCUUAACGAUGAGAUAAUUAAUUUCUACAUGAAUUUGCUGAUGGAGCGAAGCAAAGAGAAGGGGUUGCCGACAGUUCAUGCGUUUAAUACCUUCUUUUUUACUAAAUUAAAAACUGCUGGGUACCAAGCAGUGAAACGGUGGACAAAAAAAGUAGAUGUUUUCUCUGUGGAUGUUCUCUUGGUGCCUAUUCAUCUUGGAGUCCAUUGGUGCCUAGCCGUUAUAGACUUCAGGAAGAAAACCAUCACCUAUUACGAUUCCAUGGGUGGAAUAAACAAUGAAGCCUGCAAGAUACUGUUCCUCUACUUGACACUGGCUUCUGCCACAUCUGGGCCUAAGGAAAUAAACACACGGAGUUGUGACAUCUGUAUACUGAAGACAUUGUAGCCCACUGCCUCGCUAUCUUCUCUAAGAACCACUCGUGUUGAACAGAAAGGUGAUGAAAUAGAACUAUGUGGGUGCACCACAUAAGAGGUCCAUCAGGGUAUGCAAACUAUUGCACAGUGCUAUUCUCUAUGUCCAGGGAAUGGAACCACUGGCCCAAUCCUCGUAUAGGCCUGUCAGGUGCAGUCUUUUAAUAGCCUUCCUUAGGGACAUCCUUGUGGUUACAAGUUCAUCAGAGACUCAGCUCCAAACAAGCACACUCAUAACGUGUUCAGUUGCUUUUUAUACACUUCAGAGGUCUUUGAAGAGGAGUUUCCAGGAGCUGGUAGUAUGCAAAGGAUCUCUCUUCUCUGUGGUAUAUCUUCAAAAGGUUGGCUUUGGAGUGGGAAAAUUUGUAUUCUCACCUCAAGAUAUUUCCCGCAGAAGUCCACUUCUCAUGUAUUGUUCCAAAAAGACCUUUAGAUUUCCUCAUGCCUUUCAGAGAUUAAUGCAAUCUUGUCUUUCUGCUGCAGAAGUUCUGUAAAAUCACACAAUAGUACAUAAACAUUUGCAUUUGUAAUACAAUGACCUCCAAAAACUCUAAUUCAAUAAGGUUUAAUUUAAUUCAAUAAACUUAAUCUUAACUCCAUUAAGUUUGCUCUGGAUAUUACAGGACAUUGUCAAUCCAUCACAAUCUUCUCUACAAGAAAGAAAGCAGGACUGGUUUUCAGAUCAAAGAGAUGGAUUCUGGUCAAGAAUCCAACAUCUGCCUUUUUGAGAGAUGGCACCUGUUGAUAUCUCCUCCAGGAAGGAACCUGGUGUUUCCCUUCUGGAUUUUGCAAACCUAGUGCCCAUGUCCUUAUCUUGGCCUGUCCGUGGCAAAUACCUUGGGUAACGUAGCUCCUCCAUUACAGACUGACACAUUCCUCCCGCUUUCCCUCCACCUCCCAAAAAACACAAACGUAUCACUCUCCCAAGAGGAUCAUUAAGACAUAGAGAAUGGUGACCUAGGUGGUGGGUGGUUUGUCUCAUGCUGAGCACCAGAGCUCCUGAUGAAAGUCUGUGCAUGUCAUUUAUGUCCCUGAUGAAGCUCAAGGCAUGAACAUGCCUUAGCUACUGUUACCAACCUGGAUCGGGACUAAGAUAUUUUCUCUCUCUGACUCAUGCUGAAAAUCAGGUCCUGCCUUCAUGCCCGUGAGCAUGACUCUAGGAUAUGUGUGGAGCCUUCAGUGUGAACAUGCUUGCCUAAAAGUCUGGAGAGUUGAAAGGAGUAUCUGAAGUAUUGCGAAAUCAAGAAAAGAAAAGAAACAAAACCAUCCCAAGUAGCCCCUGCAGUUUCCCAAACCGAGAAGCUGGUUCGUUAGAGCAGGGGUACAAAUGCAGCAGUGUACAAAAUGGGCAAAACUUUCAAAGGUUUCCAAGUCCUAUUUUCAGAAGUCAUUGAGGUGCAGAGGUCCCCAAGUCUCAUUUAAAAUCAGCGGGACUUAGACUCAAGCGACUUUUGAAAAUAGGACUCAGGCUCCUAUGUCACUUAAAAAGAACAGGAGUACUUGUGGCAUCUUAGAGACUAACUAUGUCACUUAAAGUAUUUCUUAUUCUAGGGUUAAAUUGGUCUGGUAGCUAAAUCUCUCUUUAGAGUCACAGCACACUCAAGUGAUGUGUUCCGGUAUUGCAGGGGAUGUGUUCUGUGCUUUUUCUGAAACCCUUUUUGGUUUCUCUCUGUUUGCACUGAGCGAGUCAUAUUUAGAAUUGGAACAGUCGGCAAUAAUCUAAAUUAAUAUAAAUGAAAUAUGGACGUGAAAUAUAAAUGCCUAGGUAGGAAUCGCUUUCAAUAUAAUAUUGAUUAUAUUUAGUACCUUUCAUCCCUUAAGAUCUCCAAGUGCUCUCUGAGUUCCAUAUACCAGAAUCACUUCACUCCCUACAAAAAUAGCUCCAUGGCUUCUCUUCCAUUUCUAAGCAGCUAAGCUGAGAGAUUCAUAGAUUCCAAGGCCAGAAGAGACCAUUUAGUCUGACUUCCUGGAUAGCACAGGCCAGAGAACUUCCCCAAAAUAACUCCUAGAGCCGACCUGGUAGCAAAACAGCCAGUCUUCAUUUAAAAACUGUCAUUGAUGAAAAAUCCACCAUGACCCUGGUAAAUUGUUCCAAUGAUUUGAUUAAUCUCACGGUGAAAAAUGUACACCUUAUUUCCAGUGUGAAUGAGACAAAUCUGUGAGAGGAAGAAUUAUGAGAAAAAUGUAAAACCUCUGAAAAUGGGCUUAGAAUACAGUGGUCUCAGACUUAACUGCUGUUGCUAUAGCAAGAAGUCACCAACAUCUGGUAAAUAACGCUACAACUGAGAUGUGAUCAAAUAACUCAGGAGAUGCUGCCUAGUAGUGCAUUUAGGGUUUUGGGCUGAGGACCCAGCUCUUUAGAUCACUAGCUAACAAAACUGUUAAGCUACAGCAUAGUGGCCUUGGAUUUUGGCCUAUUGGCUAAUGGGAUAGGUGGGAUUUGAGAUAGAGACCCAAGAUUUCAGCCUGUUGGCUAACAGCACAGUUGGAAUCGACAGUAGCAACCUGCAAUUACAGCUCAUUCUUGCCCGUGCCAUAAUUGCUUUUCCCUUUGU